AUGGGUAUCCCGAUGUGGCGUGAGCCUGCGAAGGCCGAAGCAAACAAGACCGCUUUAGAGAAGGACCCUUCCGCCGCCACACGCUCAUCGAUCGGUCGUCGAGGGCGUGCCUAUCGAGCGCGUCGCUCCGGUAUGCUGUCUUCUUUCCACUCCCAGAUCAUUGAAGAACUUCGACGUGGCCCAGGCAGUCAGACAAACGCGGAGCGCUUCCCUGAAGCCUCCCCUGUCAUUCAUGCCAAUGGCGUCAGCGAAGACGGAGUGACUUUGGAGGACCUUCAACGUGAGGCGUGGGGCCGCCAGCCUCCGUAUCAGGUUCCGCGCCGGCGCAGUGGACAUCACAACCGACAGAGCAGAAACACUCGCACCGCAGCCAAUUUGCUCGCUAGUUCUGACUCUGUGAAUGCGCUUCCGGGCUUUUCAUACCCCACAAGGCCGUCGAGCGGCUACACUCCCUCAUACCUGGGUCAAACUCAAUGGCCGAGCAGUUCUGACUCGCCCGGAAUUCCUGUUCGUCUUCCUCCUCUGCGUCGUACAGAUAGCUACGGAUCUGACCUAGCGAGAUUCUUGCAGGCGAACGCGCACAUGCCACCAGAAGUGAUGGACCUUCGAUCCCGCAAUGAUCGUUCACGACUGAGUCGAAGAGCCGGCGUGGAUGGGGUUAUGGAUGGUCUUGGUGACCGCCAGCGCAGCCCAAGUCCCGAUGGAGAACGGGAGACCGAUGCAUGGGAAACCUUGUUGUCAACUAUCACACCUGACGCAACCCUCCCCUCGAACGAUUCAUCUUUCGCCUCCACCUCCGCUGCCGCACCAGACGCGCGCAACCGCGCUCGACCAGCUCAUUCAUCAUCUUUAGGCUCUCGACAUGUUACUCUUGACCCCUACCCGGAUCAUCUCAACCCAUGUGACUUCUCUUCUUCGGACGAUGAAGAGUCGCCCAGGCACCGCGAGAUGUUGAUUUUGGAGCGCGAGGCUUUACGUGCGCGGGAGACCCGUCGCCGAGAGCGCAACUCAACUUUGAGUGCUCACCCUCCUCUACCCCCGAUCGCAUUCGCUAUUCAGGACAACAGCAAUCACUCAAGCGAUGAAAUCCAGCAGAUGCAGGUCAUCCUGGAUCGGCUUGCCGGUCGUGAGGAUAAUCAUCAUGACUGGUGGGCAGCGGUUGGUGUGACACCCACGCUCAACCGUGGUCUCAAUGACAGCAUGGAUUCCACUGAUACUGAGAGCACUGCCCGCCCAGGCCGCGACAAUUAA